AUGGAGAAAACCGCAAAUGGCAGCUACGCCUACAGCGGGUACUUGUACGACAUCUGGAAACUGCUUGCCGGGAACCUGAACCUUCAAUACCGAAUGGUGGAGCCGGAAGGAUGGGGGUUCGGCAGCUGCUACCCCAACAGCACUUGUACUGGCAUGGUUGGCGAACUGUUUUACGGCAGGGCCGACGUGGCGCUGACCUGGCUCCUCGACCGUCCAGAUCGCGCUGCUGUUGUUGACUUCAUCCACGUCCCGAUCGAGGAGAACUACGACGCCUUUCACAUUGUUGGAGGGACUGCAGAUGUUCCUCAAACUGCUGCACAGAUGGCGGGAUCGUUACUGAGGCCGCUACACGCCCACGUAUGGUGGGCAGUGCUUGGUGUGCUGCUUGUCCUCUCUGUGGCACUUCGAGUCGUCAUUUACUUCAAUCAGGGCUAUGGAGAAAGGAGCCAGACUGUGACCGAGAUGACGUUUGGCUCUUGUCUGUUCUACAACUACAUGUCUCUAGUUGGACAGAGCUGGGCCAUCGUACCAACCUCAUCAUCAGCCAGGAUCGUGACCAUCAUCAGCUGGAUGAUCAACAUCAUCAUCGUAAGCAGCUUCACGGCCAACCUGAUCUCGGAUCUCGCCGUGGUCACCGUGUCUCGUCCGAUCGGCAGUCUUCGCGAGUUCACGGAGCAGCCAGACUGGAAGCUGGCCAUACGACCCGGUCACGGUGUGCUAUACGAUUGGCAGAUGAGCCGCGACCAGUACGAGCGAGAGCUCUACCGAAGGAGCUCCAUUCAUGAUAGAGUCAUUGAACUGGAUAACGCUCAGCUGUUUCAGAUAACCAUUCAACCGAAGGUGAUGACUUUUUUCGAUAUAAAACACCUGAAGUUGACGAUAGGAGAUGCCGCAUGUUCCCUCGUGCCACUUCUGGAUCAACCGGCAAAGCUCACCCCCAACUACUUUGCGAUCGCUAAGGGUCAGCCAGCACUGAGGAGACUCAUGUACGCCGAACUUCUGAGGAUGUCUGAAAUGGGCCUGAUUGGGCAUCUAAAGCGCAGGAGAUUCAGCCGCAUCGAGAACAUGUGCACGUCCUCAUCGGACACCAAGGCCAUGUCUUUGGGGAACACCCUGGCCUCCAUCGCACUGGUUCCUCUGGGGGUGGUCCUCGGCCUCGCUAUCGCCGUACUGGAGAACCUCUGGGCCAGGGCUGUCACUAAACGGCAUGUCACCGGGGCAGUCGACAGACAGCACUUUAUAGUCAUGAAACUGGUGUCAUGA